UAACUCCUUAUCAGUUAUCUUUGCUCAUAUGUAGAUCUAGAUUAUAUGACUGCAUUUUUUAACCAGGGUGAAUUUAUAAUUUAAUAGAUUCUUUAGAUCUAGGUUGAUCUUAAAGUACCUGAAACAAAAAACGUAAAGAAAAAAACACAAAAAAAACAACAGCAAACUGACUAAAAAAUUUGUUGUCAAAACAUUUCAACUGUGCAAUCAUUGUGGUAUUUAAUUUGAGUGUUUCUUAAACAUGGCUGCAGUUUCUGAAGGAUAUCAAUUUGAAGCAGAAACCAAAACAGUGGAGGUUCUUCUCCUGCCCAAGAAGAUAAAGGUCUUGUUUCAAUUAAAUACAUCAGAUAAAGUGAGAUCAGUGAAAGAAAAAAUUCUAAGUCAAAAUAAUAUUCCAUACCCUAUCAAAUAUAUGAUAGUGCUAAUAAGCCUUCAUGGAGAUAGAAUAGUACUGGAUGAUAAUUUGGCAAUGAGUCAUUAUAUAGACUAUUUACGACAUGGUAGUCUGGAAGUUACAUUGAAAAGCUUAGAGAUAGAGCGACCACCAAGACCUGUAAAACUUCAAACCUUUGGAAUUACACUCAAGUAAUAGAGAGCUCUAAUGUAAAUAGUAAUGUUAAAUUGAUGCAUUGUUAACUUAAGAUUGUGUUGAUUUAUACUAUAUAUGUUUAAUAUUGUUUUACUAAUAAGUUUAAAAGUAUUGAAUUUAUUCAGAGCUAGUAUUCCCCUUUCAGACCUUGAGAUCUAUAGGGCAGAGGAUGUAAAGGUCAUCUAUUUCUGUUGCCCACAGUUAAUGAAGGUGUCAUGUGACCAGCCCAGGGACCAAUUUCCAUUACUUUCCUACAACUAAUGUUAGAGUUGGGUGGAGGCAGAGGUACCCUAAAGAUCCAAAAUUGAAAAUCCCAGUCUUCAUCGAUGCUCAAACGUUUUAGCACUUUACCACUGCACCUUCCAAUGCAGCUUUAUUGUAAAAUAAAUUAAAGUGAGUCCCUGCAUGACAAGUUAAAUAAAAACCUCCUUUUUAAAAUUAAAACUGCUGUGGCUGUUUAUCAUAAAGCUGAGACUGCUUUCUUGAUCCUUAUUGCACAUUCAUUGUGAUUACAUAUGCUAGCAGAUUGUUACACAGUAAAAAUUAUCCAAGGUUUUGUCAUUUAAAGCUGUUCAGUUUGGGUUCAAAUCUUGGUGAAGACUGGGAUUUUGAAUUUCAGGAUUUUUAGGGCGCCCCUGAGUCCACCCAACUCUAAUGGGUACCUGACUUGAGUUGGGGAAAGUAAAGGCGGUUGGUCAUUGUGCUGGCCACAUCACAUCCUGCUUGUUAACCAUUGGCCAGAGAAACAGAUGACCUUAACAUCAUCUGCCCAUCAUCAUAGAUCAGGAGGUCUGAAAGGGAAACUUUACUUAUAUAUAUUUUGACAUUUUUUUAAACUUUGAAAAUUCAGGGCUGGUUCUUUAAGUAAUAUUUUGAUGAUAGUUUCUUUCUUAUGCAUAGAUUCACUGUUACAUAACUAAUAUACAACCCAUUGAUGAUUGUAACUCAUCUCUAGAAGCAUGAUUUGCUUCCCCUUUUAAUUAAUUUGUGGGCCAUUACAUGUGGGAGGUUUCUGGGUAAUAAAUGAUAUCUAUAUAUAAUAAAUUGACCCAAAUUUUUGAUGAUUUAAUUCUUGUUCUGUGUUUGUAUUUAUUUAUUUUUUGGCAUUAAGGGGGAUAAGUCAACUAUUAUUCACAAUGCAGUUAAAAAUUUAAUUGUUAUACAUAUAGGAAAUGUAUGGAAACAUAAUUUUUCACUGUAGUCUCCCAUUGCUAUUCAAUACACUUGGUCCAACAUAGUCUUCCUGUGAUUUUCAAUGCAGUUGGUCCAUGGUUGCACAAGCUUCCUGAAGCCCACAUAAGAAAAUUUUUGGUUAAUCUGCAUAUGCACUGUUUCUGUCACUAUUUAAUCUGAAGCAAAUCUACAGCCCCUUAAUGUCUCUGAGUGGAAACAACAAGAAGUCUGAUUGGAGCAAGGUUAGGACUAUACUGGGAUUGGGGGAUGUGCCAGUACUUCAAAGUUUUUUAUGUAUUUCUGCCCAAGGUAAAUCUUCCUACCACACAUACACACAGAACAUUGCCCUUCUUUGGUGCAGAGUUGAGCAGUCAUGGUUAAUGGCAGCACAUUGACAAUGGUACUCACCUGUGCAGGCACAUCAACAAUUAAACCAUGCAUUCAACAUCUAUGCCUCAUGAUAGUACUACCAAAAUAAAGAAAUAUAUAAUUAGAAUAAGGAUAAUAACACAGCAAAGCUCUUCCUUAAGUUUUCAGACUCAAAGACAUUCAGCUUUUUUAUAUUUUGAGAACUACGUAACUUUAUAUCGAUUAACAAUUUAUAUCCACCAGCAUUUAUAUUUAUUACAAUAAUUUUAAAGGUAUAUUAAUUUUGGAAAACUGUACUAUUCUAGCCAUAAAGGUUAGGUUCGAUACAAAUCCACUCUGAAUAGGGUCUAUAAUAUUUUAAAAGUAUCAUUGGUUCAGUAACUGUUUUAAGGUAACAUUAUUAGUAAAGUUAUUCUCCAUCUAUUUUUUUUUUUUUUUUACUAUUGGGUAUUCUGAAUCCACUCAGUAAUUGAUUUUAUUUCUUUUCUGUACCUGCUGUGCAUGUAUGCUUUAAUUACACUAUAAAAUACAAUAGUUUUAGUACUAAACAUCAAGCUAGGCACAUAAUAAUAUAAUUAUUUCAAUGAGGUCUUUCUAUCACAAGUGAAUUAGAUAGAUAUAUAAUGCUUGCACAACUCACACACAAAUUAAAGGUAAACUGAAUAAUAUAUUUAUAGUUGACAUUUUUUUAUUAAUAGAAAAAUAUUUGCAUAUUUCAAUUGAGAACAAAAUGUACUCUACAUAAAGUUGACACACUCAAAUGAACAGUUCCUCACUUUUUUUUAAAUGGAAAAACAAACAACAGGGCCAAUACACACAAAAAAAAAAAAAAUACCAGUAAGCAAGGUAUCAGAUCUUAGCACUAUUAUGUGCAACAAUAGUCCAACGAAAUUUAAUUAAUUUUUUUUUCUUUCUAGUUUCUAUGCAAUAAAGCUUUCUUUCUCUCUCCUUAUAAACAUUUCCUUGAUUAAUUUUGCUAUUUUUUUUCCCCACUCUGAACAUACACAGAAUAAAAAAAAUAAACCUGUUUCAUAAACUUGGAGGUGACCCACUCACUUUGACACAAAAUGUUAACAAGUACAAAUUUGCUUAUAUUGCAGAGUAUAUACAAAGAAAACUGAUAAUCCACAUCCUCACACUAGAACAGUGUUUCCCAAACUUUUUCCUUAACAGGACACUUCACACUAUUUGAGUAUUUCGUGGAACACUUUUGCUUAAUUUUUUAGAUUAAUUCACGUGGUGGUCUACUGGUUACUUAUCUACAUAGUUUGUAGAACACCUAAUCAGGUGUAAUGUUCCCCGGAACAGUUUGGGAACCACUGCACUAGAAUAAAAAAGAAUGUUUCAAUAAAAAAAAAGACUGUGGAGUCAAAAACUUCAGAUUUGUUCUAAAUGUAAAAUAGAAAUAGUAGUGGAGAAAGAUGAAACAAUAUUGAAACUAUGAGCAUGAGAUUGCUUAGUACAAGACUAUAUACACAAGUUAAGAACAUAGUAUUUUAUAUAAAACAAUUUAAAAAAGUGAUAUUUAACAUCUGAUAUGCUGCAAAAUGUUUCAAGUUAUAGUGACAACAACAGUAACUUUUAACCAUAACAUACAGAAAGAACAUGUGUACAUUAACUUUGACUACACAUGCCAAAUCUUAAACAGCUUGUAAUGCACCUAAUUGACUACAGCACAAGUCACAAAAGGUUUAACUGGCAUGUUUUACUGUCUUAAAAACUAAUUUAGAUUUACAUGUCAUCAAAUUAACAGUGACAGGAUUUUUUAAAUAAUAGUGUUAUAAAAAUACUGGUUAGAACAGUGGACAUUUUAACAAAACUAGCUUUCCUAAAUGUCCACUCUGUAUAAUCUUUUUUUUCUGUUUGUACACAUACACAUCCUAGGACAUAUCACUUUAGCCAUUCAUUCAUGCUCUUAGAAGAUAUACAGUGUGCCUCUUCAUUUUAUGAAUCAGUUAACUCAAGCCACAUUUUUAAAAAUUCCUUUUGUAUAGGGCAUCUUAUGAUGCUCAAUGUGCUCACAUCCAAUUUGUUUUGUGGACAAGUGGGGCCUUGAGGCGCUCAGUAAACGCAGCUGUGAAACUCUAGCCCCCUUGUUAGGUAGCCAAGUGGGUUUCGUCUCUCAAACUCACAUUCCACUUGGACAUACUUCUAUUGACAAUAUUUUUUAUGAAACAGCAAUGCAUUUCUUUCUCUGCUCUAGUUUUCAAUGAUAGAAAGAUUAAAUGAUGAUAUCAUUGAUUUCAGCAGCUUAUGCAAAAUUUUGAAAGAAAUAACAUGUAUAAAGUGAACAUUAUUCAUCAUGCCAUUGUUUACAAGUUGAAACUAUACAAAUAUUACUAAUGUAAACUCAAUAUACAAUGUACAUUCAUUCAAGUUAAUCCUGUAUCUAAAAAUAUCAAACCAAUGUGCCAAAAGGCAUACAUAUCGAUUCCUGUCCACAUACUGGUUCAAUGCUAGAUAAAAAGAUUUACUGCUGCAGGCAUUAACAAGUAUGGUUCUAAGCUAGAAAGAUAUAUCUUUAUAUGAUGCUUCAUAUUAAUGAAAUUCAGCUAUUGAUAACACAACCUUUUCAAGCGCGUAACAAAAACUUAACAUUCCUUGAAUAUACUUUACCUUACAAGCAUUAAGAACCCCCACACACACAAAGUUACUAUUGUUCAUGACAGGAUUGACAACCCCCAGUGUCCCGGUUUUCAAACCAUUCAAUUUGUAAGAAAACAACAUACAAUUAAUGGAAAGGUCACAAGGCAAGACUAUUUAUAUUUUUUUUGUAAGGUAAUUUACAAAGGAAAAAAAAAAUGUUUGUACUAUUCACUUCUAAUCAUAUAAUACAUACAUUAGAUUGGUUUCCAGGAAUGCAUGCUUAUGCAAGGAAUGUUUGAAGUAAUAAUCGGGUUAACAAAAUCACCAGAAAAGAUAAUACAACCAACUUAGCUUGUAAAUUACCUUACAUUACUCAUACAGUAAUUAAACAGGACAAAACUUUAACAGAUGUGAACAAGGGAGAUAACCAACAUUAAGAUGAUGGACAACUCUGAGAAGCUUGCUGCUGAUGGUGGCAGAGAGGGACAGUUGGCACCUUGACACUCAGUGGUCUC